AUCCAGCGGCUGCGGGACCGGCCGGGCUAGGGAUGGAGCGGGAGGAGGGGCGCGGCCAUCUUUGCUAAGGGCAGCGCCGAGGGACUCUCGGCGGCCGAGGAGGCGCGGUGCUCUUCAGGCCGGCACCGCGUGGGUGCACCUCAAGACAAGUCGCCCGUGGCCGCCGCGCUCGGGGACGGGACUGGGUGUGGCUCGGCGGCCACCCGGGAAAGCCGCUCUAAGGAGGGUGCCCGCCCCGCUGUGGGUCCUCGUCCCGGCGCUGACAUCAGCGGCGCUCGGCCGUCGCGGCUGCUGAAGCUCCCUGCCGCCAUCUUAGUUACUGGCAGCGCCCCUAGGAGCGCUGCCGCCCGGCCGGCCGGCGUCCGAUCCCGGGCAGCUCCGGCGCAGCGGGAGCGGGAGCGGCAGGAGCGGCGGCAGCGCCACGGCGAGUCCUUGCGCGGGCCGCGGGCGGACGGGCAGCGCCGGCGGGGAGCGGGGCCGCGCCGGGCCCUGCCGGACACGUGGGGCCCGUCCCCUGCAGUGGUCCUGCCAACGGGGUUCAGCUGCUGCUGCUGCCCAGGGAGCCUCGGGAGAGAGCGUGGGUUUGGUGUUAGAUGAUGGGGAACGGAGGGGGGACGACUUCUCCAAACUUUCCCAGUGUUCUGUCCAGCGUUUGGACGUGCGCGGUUGCAGCUCCCCUUCCCCUCAGUUUCACUGGAGUUAAACUUUAGGCCGCCCGGAAUGUUCAGGUUAAAAUGUGGGUGCCAGUUGUUAACAGACAGACAAAGUUUAACUUAUUCUCAUUUGAUUUACCUAGUGAAUCAAUCACAUUUAUUUGAAAGAAGAAGUUUACGCUAUGUCUGUUUCCUCUGUAUGUAUGUAUAUUUAUGCCUGCAGUUUACAUUAUGUUUAUUUCACACGCACAGUGUAAAUGAUCAGCCGUUCGGGAUUUUCAGAAAUUUCACUAAUUUUACAGAAUUUUUCACGAAAUGAAGGUUAGGAUGUCCUGCGCUGGACUGCAGAAUCUUCUCCAAAGGAUGAGCUUCAGUACCAAGUACUACUCUAAGCACAACCCUCCUCAAACAGUGUGUCCUUUCAGUAAAGUUGGACCAAAAAUGUGCCACAUCCUGGGCUGUUCAAAAAGUACAUGCACCCACAGGACUGCACCACCUGGAAGCAUCCUGCCAUGCAGAUUCUUUUCCUGCAAGCAGGAAGGAACAAAAGUCCCUUCCAAAAGGAAGCAAAAUACAUCCAUAGUAACUUCAGACCUUUUGCACAAGAACCUUCUGAAAUCAGAGCAAAAAAACUGGAAUAACAUUUCACCAACAUACAAAGCUAUGACAAAGAGGAUCAAAGAAAAACUGAAAGAAUUGCACAACAUGUAUACACUCAAUUCAAGAAGCCCAAGGAUAAGGUUUGGAGAGAAUGUGUACUUUGAAGAGAAUGGCUGCAUAUUUCUUGCAAAAGCAGAUGAUGGUGAGAGAAAUGCUAAGAUUUUAUUCAGUGUUGAAGAUCUUGGCUUUUCUGAUGCCUUUAUUCAACGGAUCAGAAUUUCACCAGAUCAGAGAUAUAUGGCCAUCAGCUUAAAAAGUGAAAAUUCUGAAGAGGCAACCUGCAUUAUUAUGAAACUUGGUAACCUUCCUGUAGUGGAAAAAGUAAUUCCAAGUGUAUUUAGCUUUGAAUGGGCUGCACAUGAUGUUCUGUAUUACACAGUUCAGAAGAACCUUAAAUGCCAGAAUGUAUUCAUGACCACUUUCACUUACCAGGAACAUACUAAGUUAGUUUAUACAGAACAAGAUGCAAGAUUCUUUGUAGACCUUUAUUGCACAAAAGACAGGUGUUUUCUCACUAUCAACAGCAACAGCAAGACAACCUCAGAAGUUUGGCUGGUUGACUGCAGACAUCCCUUUGAGUCGCCUGCUCUUGUACAAGCACGAACCACGGGGCUCAUUUACCACAUUGAGCACAGGAAGGACCUGUUGUACAUUCUUACUACAUAUGGAGAACCUGCAGAAUAUAAGGCAAUUUUGACUGAUAAAUACAUUCAUAGGAUUAAUUUAGAUGCCUAUUGCAGGUCAUAUGGAAAUAGUAAGUUGAUGAAGGCACCAGUAGCUUCCAGUGGCAAGGAGAAUUGGCAGUUAGUUUAUGCACCAGAAAGGAAAACCAAGCUAGUAGACUUUGAGAUGUUCAGUGAUGACUGUAUUAUGUUCCUGAAGAAUGCUGGUCGUCUUUACUUAAAAGUGAUUUCUUUUGUUUCACACUCAGUUCAGUCAAUAAAGCUGCCUACGUGGGCCUGUGAAUUUGAAUUGGAAUCUCAUCCUGAAUAUACCACCAGCACCUGCUAUUUUCAGCUCUCCUCCCCAGUACACCCCCCUAAGCGUUUUGCAUAUUCAUUUAAAGAAAAUAAUCUCAUUGAGCAAGCUGUGCAAGAGGUACCAAUUAUUACGAAUUGUCACACUACACGUUUACUAGCUAAAAGCGAGGAUGAAACUUUGGUGCCAAUUACAGUUUUUCAUAAUAAGAAUUCUAAAGAACUACACAGGAGACCACUUCUAGUUCAUGUAUAUGGAGCUUAUGGCAUAGAUUUGAACAUGAGCUUUAAAGAAGAGAAGCUGAUGUUAAUUGAAGAGGGUUGGAUAUUAGCAUAUUGCCAUGUUAGGGGUGGAGGAGAGCAGGGCCUUAGCUGGCACAGAGAUGGAUGUCAGCAUAAUAAACUCAAAGGUCUCCAUGACCUCAGGGCUUGCAUCACGCUGCUGCACCAAGUGGGAUUUUCUCAGCCCAAACACACAGCACUGGCAGCUGCCAGUGCUGGGGGAGUUCUUGCAGGAGCCCUGUGCAACACUGACCCAGCCCUGAUCAGAGCCAUGGUUUUACAGGCUCCUUUUGUAGAUGUUCUAAAUACAAUGAUGAAAACUCAUCUCCCACUGACAAUUGAGGAACAAGAAGAAUGGGGAAAUCCAUUAGAAGAUGAAAAAUGUAUGAAGUAUAUCAAAAGCUAUUGCCCAUACCAGAAUAUUAAGCCACAGUGCUAUCCAUCAGUUUUUAUCACGGCGUAUGAAAAUGAUGAACGGGUGCCACUAACAGGAAUUUUACAGUAUGUUCAGAAACUCAGGAAGGCUGCACUAGAUCAUGCCAGCAGAACAAGUAAGAAAGUGAUCACCAGUCUAAUUGUUCCAGGAAAUUGGAUUCCUAAUAUCAUCCUAGAUGUCCAGGCAAAUGGCAGUCAUUGUGAUUCAUCCUGGGAGCACUCACUGAAUGAGGUUGCAAGACACCUUGCUUUUCUGAACAGAGAACUUGAGGAAGUGUCCCAUCCCCAACAUCACAGCAAAUCCUGCAAAUAACUCCCAAACACACUGACCACCUGAGAAACUUUGGAUCAGAUUUGGAUUUGUAUGGAAAGCAAACACCUUCUCCAGAGGAUCUCUCCUCUCAGAUCCCUGCUGGGUGUGGCACUGCCUUACAAAAAUACAGACCAAGAACUGGAUUUCUGCCCUGCCAGGCUGUGCAGCAGCAGCUGCCAGCAGAACUGAGUUUGUCCAGCAACUCUGUUCACAUGAGCCAGCAGAGCAGUGCUACAUGAGCAGAGCCAGAGCACACAGAGCCCCACAGGAGAGCCACGGGCACUUGGCACAGGCAGCCUUCCUGUCCAAGGCAUCUCUUGCAAGGCACAUCUUACACAAGGCAGCAGAACUCCUCCAAAGCAUCUGACAUUCAAGUCUCACUACUUCCAGGACUAAUUCCCAUACAUAGUUGAUGGGGAUUGCUGCCCUCUCUAUCUGCACAGCAGCCAUGGUGUACUGAUCAUAGGGUGGGACUGACCAAACUGCAAAGAAAAGCACUCUCAAGAACGGGAAUUUUAGCAGAACUCUGCUCUGAACACAUUAAAAAUCUUUCAGUUACCUUACCUUGCAUGGUAAUCUUAAGAAGGAGGUGCCAAAUCCCUUGGGAGGACAAGAUCAAUGUGUCAGAAGAUGCCAGAGUCUCUCCAGAGGGUAAAUCAAAAAGAAUGCCCCCACUAAAGCAGCCUGAUUCAUAGCUUUGAGUGCCUUGUCUCAGAGGGCAGCUAUCUGCUGUGCCUUGCUUGUUAAAAGAGAUGUGUGGUGCACACCCAGGGCCACAUCAACUGCUGCAGGUGCAGCAGGUACAAGUCAGAGCACGUGUACAAGUGUGACAUUCAGUAGGGUUGGUUCUGCUGCUUCCUCUGGACCAAAGUACACACCCCUCACCUCAGCCUUGGGACAGGAAAAGAAAUAAGAAAAUGCAAACGUAUUCUCACUCAGCAGGGAGGGGGAGAAUCAACUGGAAAUGCAAUUAUGAGUGUGGGAUUAGAUAUUAGCUACAUUUUGUUCUUUUUCUUACUAACUUUGAGGAUAAUCAGAGUUAUUAGAUUUGAGAGAAGAGGUGAAACAUCACAACAAUAUAUGCUAUUCCUGCUUGUGUUCACCUGUUUUAGCAAAUAUAGGGCCGCCCCUUUGGAAUAAUUUUUACAAAUCUGCAGACUUCUAAAAAGUUACAGUGAACUGCCAUAGGCUUGGGAUUCCACAGGAGCACUUACAGACCAGCAACCUCCAGGGUCAGCACCCAGAAAGCAACUGUUCUCUCUCCUCCCAAAAAUACAUGCCCAAACAGGACAGUUUUUAGAAUAGGUUUACUUAUCUUCUCCACAGAUCCAAAGGGGGAGUCCAUACCAUUCUUUUUCCUUUUCAUCACAAAUACAGAUACAAGACAAUUAUGUAGAUGAUUUUUCAGGACAUUUAUUUAGUAUACAAAUAACAUUUUAAAAGCCAAAGAAAACGGCGUAUUUUUAGCAUUUCCCUGAAGCUAAUAUCUUCUAAAUUAACAUGAAAGCAUGGGUAUUCUACUCCUCUACUUAACAGUUCAUGUAGAGUAAAUUGAGGGCCUUGGAAUAACAAGCUUUUUCUGCCACAAAACACUUCCCUUGAAAAGCUUCCAUAGUAUGAACAGGCUUUGCUGUUGUAUAUUCUAGGACCAGGCCUUCUCCCAUUUCAGUUUUAAUUAGUUUGGUAUUGACCACUUCACCAGCAUUGCUAAAAUGAGUACUGAGCCUUAUUACAGCUUCAGAGGGAAGGUUAGGAACUAUGGCCUGCAGGUCUGUUGUUGACUCCUGGCCAAAGUUGAGCACCAUCAUGAAGACUCUGUCUAACCCAUCCAGCUCCCUCACGUACACAAACACGUUACUGUCAUUCCAGACGUGGCACAUCCACCCUCGGGUGAUGGGGAGCUCAUCCUUCCGCAGCAACGUCAGCGCUCUGUACAGACCCAGGGUUGAGUUGGACCAGGCACUCUGUAUCUGCAAGAGACAGCACCAGCAGGGUCAGUUCCUGGCUCUGCAGGGAGGAAAUACAGCUCCCUUCUCACACCCACCCAGGCUGCUGAGAACGCACCUAUCGGAAUUCCCUGCUGACAAUUAUCCCUCUUCAAAUCUGCCUGCAGAUUUCACUGAAAAUCUGCUUUUUCUCCUGCACCUUCUUGGCACGUCUGGAGUGGCAGACACAGAGUUUAUUAAGCAUAACAGUUCCCCAGCACUAAAGCCGUUGCUUCCUCCCCCAGCUUCCUUUCAGUACUGUUGAUUCAGGAGAAAGCCACAGCCAUUCAAAGCUUGACACUGAAUCUUUUUCAUUGAGUCCAGUCUACUGCAGUCGCUGGGUUUAUUUCAUGCUUUAUAUUUCUGCUAUCUUGGAUUUUUUUUCCUGCCUUCAAUUUUGGGUAGCACUGUAGGUCAGCAAAAUCUGUUUGAUUCGCUGCUCUACUUAUGUUAGAGUUGGUCUAUGUCAAGUUCUUGUUACAAAACCAGUGCUUUCUAUAGCAAUAGAAAUGGGGGAAAAGAGACCAGUUUUCAAUUUAAUAUCAGAAGGAUUAAAAGGAUGUUAAAGAGCCAAAUUGCAACAUCAACAUCAUAAUUGUAGUUCGUCUGCUUAAAUGAAUAUAGAUGAAGUAGGCUCCUUGUUGUACAAGGAUUUCCUUUUCUAAUAAACCUUGUGAGCAUUCAGUGCCUUUUUUUCCCCUUGAGUUUGUUCAUUCUACCAAUGCUCACUACUAAAGGGAAGCCAGAGCAAAAGAGAUACAUUAAAAUAUUUUGAGACCCUUAGUUUGUUACACAUAUAGAUACCUACUUCCACAUUUACACUUUGGUAGUCAGAGUUAACAGGUAACCAGCUGCUGUUGCCUUCAGUAAAACCGGCAUUAACUUUUCCAUCCCACUGCAUGGGGGAUUUCUCUGGGAGGGUUGCCUAGAAAAUAGAAGUGGUGAUUAGCAUAUUAAAAAUUAUUCUUUGAAUAGCAUGUUCUCACCUCUCCCAGAUUAUCUCCCUUUCAGUCUUGCUUUCUUUGGUUUAAGUUAAAAAUAAUGAGGAUGUAAUUGUGGUCCAAAUCUAAGGAGAAAAUGAGAACCAAGACAGUUCCUGAAAUGGAGGGGAGGGGAUCAUCUCAGAUACAGCAUUGCUGGGUAAAACGUGGAAUUCCCAAAUGACUCUUACUAGAGUUGUCAUCCUCUGCAACAGAUGGUUGGAUAAAAGUUUAUUGAUGACAGCCAAGACAUUCUGAUAAAUAUCUAGACAUGCAGAGAGUGAAUACGUGAGGUAAUGAGUCCUUAGAAGAGAUGUCAUUAAAAUAACAGUAAACAACAAGUAAUUGCUGUUCAGUG